AUGACGCACAGAGGUAUCUCGGAUGUCCUGAUCAGCAUACCCUUGGCUCGUCGGGUUAUUCAAAGUGUGGGCGAGCACCCUGUGCUGGCUAUCGGCGCUAUAGUGGGGUUUGUCGUAUUUCGGGGAGUACGAUACCUCCAAAGUCCCUGGCGUAAGUUGCCUCCAGGACCGCGGGGCUUACCGAUCAUCGGGAAUGCACUACAAGUGGCUGGCGCCCAAUGGCUACAGUAUAGUUCCUGGAGGAAAGAAUAUGGCGAUAUUAUAUAUCUGGAAGCUGUUGGUCAGCCCAUCGUGGUCCUCAACAACAGCAAAGAUGCAAUUGAGCUACUUGAUCAUCGUGCGGGCAUAUACUCUGAUCGGCCUGCACUGAUAGUCGCCUGCGAUCUCAUGACGAACGGUCUAUUCAUGGCUCUGACCCGUUAUGGUGACCUAUGGCGACGCAUGCGCAAGGCGGGACAUGAGAGUCUCAAGAAAGUUGUUGCUCAUACCUUCCACGGAUAUCAGUCACUGGAAGCUGUGCUGCUUGCACGCGACGCUCUAGAGGACCCUGCCGCCUGGGAUGGACACUUGCGUCGCGCCUCCGCCAGUUUGGCCAUGUCUUGCAUAUAUGAUGAGCCUCCGCUUGUGAGCCCACAAGAUGCGCGACUGCAUCAUGUGAAUGACUUCACUGACCGAUUGAUGCACGCUGCCGCUCCUGGAGCGCACUGGGUUGAAGUUCUGCCUUGGAUGCGCCAUAUACCAAGCCUACUCGCACCAUGGAAACGCGCAGCACAAGACUCAAGGAGGAAGGAUGGGGCAAUAUUCCUGAGCCUCUACGAGCACGUUCAGCAUAACAUGGCUAAAUGUGACGAGCGACCCUCGCUCUGCUCAACUCUAUGCCAUAGUGCCACUCGACUUGGACUGACUUCGCUUCAAAACGCCUGGAUCGCGGCGACUAUGUAUGUUGGUGGGUCGGAAACUACCUAUUCGACCAUGAGCUGGUGGUCGCUCGCGAUGCUGGCCUAUCCAGAAUGUCAAAGGCGCGCUCAAGUGGAGUUAGAUCUCAUCGUCGGGCGUGCGCGCGUGCCGACUUUCGCGGAUAUGCCUCAGUUAUGCUACAUUCAGGCUAUGGUCAAAGAGAUUCUUCGCUGGCAACCCAUGCUCCCGAUAGCCGCACCUCACACCAGUAUCGAAGACGACUUCUACAAGGGAUUCUUCAUCCCCAAAGGGACGAUGGUCAUCCCGAACGUCUGGGAGAUGAAUCGAGAUCCAGCUAUCUACGGCGACGAUGCUCACAAGUUCAAUCCUGCUCGUCAUCUCGACAAGGAAGGAAAGCUUUUGCCGGGUCUUCCAGGUACGAAGGAAGACAGUCACCAUACUUUCGGCUUCGGUCGCCGUAUCUGCAUCGGCAAGCAUGUCGCCAACAACAGUCUUCUCAUUGAGAUGGCGACGUGCCUGUGGGCAUUCUCGCUCGUUAACCCCGAGGGUCAAGUUCCCAAGUUUGACGAGUUCAUAGAGAGCGGCCUUGUUGUCCACCCGAAGCCGUUCGAGGUCAACGUUCAGUCUCGGUUCCCAGAGGCCAUGUCUAUCCUCUCUCACGAGUGUGAGCUUCGUGGCUCUUAA